AAGUGAGUGAGGUGCAUCGGUGUGUGAAAAUCGACAUAUGCUCCAUUUUUUUCCUGUUUAAUUAAUAAAUUACUCCAGAAUUGGAAAAGAACUUGAUUCGUGACGGAAUCUAGUUUUGAUUCAUCUGCAUGACUAGUAAUUAUAGCAAUACAAAAUUACUCUCCUGGAACAUACAGAAUGGGAAACUUCCACGAAACUCUCGGAAUCAACGAAAUGAACAAGAAGACAAUUUGGAAAGCACUUUUAGCGGAAUUUCUCGCUAAUGUCCUCCUCAACUUCUUCGGUUGUGCUUCCUGUACCCACAUUUCGGGGGAAUCCCCAAGCCCAGUCUUAAUUGCUCUCACUUUUGGACUAGUUAUUUUCAUUCUAGCUCAAACUUUUGAGCAUGUGAGCGGUGGUCACAUCAACCCGGCUGUUACCGCCGGCAUGAUGGCAAUUGGCAACAUUGGAAUUGUCAAAGGCAUACUUUAUAUUAUUGUGCAAUGUUUGGGGGCCUUGGCCGGAUCAGCGGUCUUAAAAGCCCUAACCCCCGAAGCCUUGCACGAAAAUCUAGGCAACACGCAAUUGGGCAAGGGUUUUACCCCAAUUCAAGGCUUCGGCGUGGAAUUUUUCCUGGGUUUUGUGUUAAUUCUGGUCAUUUGUGGGGUCUGCGACCCCAAUAAGCCCCAAGCCAAGCCUGCUGCGACUCUAGCCAUAGGAAUGGCCGUAGCUGUGGGCCAUUUGGCCACUGUUGACUACACAGGCGCUAGUAUGAAUCCAGCGAGGAGUUUUGGGUCGGCUUUAAUUGUCAAUAAUUGGACCGAUCAUUGGGUUUAUUGGGCCGGACCGGUCCUGGGUGGGGUUGCCGCCGCUUUGAUCUAUAAACAUGUCCUAGCGGCACCGAAUCUCGGACCAAUGAGGAUCGUGGAACGGUAUACCAUUUCCGAUGAGAAGGAAUUGAAGCGGUUGGAUGAAAAUGUGCCAUAAAAGGAAACAACUAGAAUUUUAAUAUUUAUGAGAAAAACUUUCUUCGGACUAUAGACUGAGAAAAUCCUAAGGAAAAAAUCAGAGUCCAUUAGAAAGUGCAACCAAUAACAUUAUUGUCAUUAUUUAUUUAAUCAUAAUUUAAUAAUUAAUGAUAUUUUACAAUUAAUUUUUUAAACGAGUUUAGGAGAUAUACGUUGUCGAUAACUAUGUAGUGGAUUUGACAUUUCCCAAUAAUGCUUUUUAGGACGCAUUUCAUUGUUCAAAAUGUACUUUAAAAAAUACCGAAACAAUAUUUGUUAUUAAUACAAUCACAUUUUAUCAGUGUUCUUCAAUAAAACAAACCAUUUUAA